AUGCCGUACAACUACACCACCGCGAAAGACGCCCUCACCGAUGCGGAGAAGGCGCGCAUCAUCUGCAUCUUCUUGAACAUGGACCAGAGCGUGGUGAUGCAAAACACGAACUGGGAGACUGCCAAAACGCAGAUGGCCUCCGCCAGCAUCGAGUCCAUGAAGAAAGGCCUCACCAACACGCUCAAGAAGCUGGACAAGGUGGAGAACGGCACCGAUACCGCCCCAACUCCAACCAAGAAGACUCCCGCCAAGAAGACUCCCAGCAAGAAGCGCAAGACGACUGCUGGUGGCUCGGUCGCUGGCGUUGCCACGGAGAAGAAUGCGGAGAGCGACGAUGACCAGGAGCAGGGAUCGACUAAGAAGGUCAAGACGGAGGGAGACGACGACGACGAGGAGGAGGAGGAGGAGGAGGAGGGUGAGCAGUACGUCUAG